AUGCGCAUGUCUCGAGCUUCGAAAGAGACUUCAAGGUUCUUUCAGCUUUCAUCUGCUACUCGCCAGACACGAAGCAGAGCGACCAAUGCGGAUCCCCUGCCCAGCUUUGUCUGCAAUGGCGAUUCGACUAUUAAACCGGAGUUGAUUCCAACUAUCGCAAGCAUUCCAAGGGAUGAUGAUGAUGAAUCGUCGCUAUCAUCCGCUAAUACAACUGACAUCGAAGACCUUCUUUCUCCUCCUCCGAAACGACGGAAGCCUAACACAAACUCGACUCCCCUGUCUGCCUCCCGCCGUAACCCGAACAAACAGCCUCGAUUGACGACUGGGAAAGCUGAACCCGAGGAAAACAAACCCCUGCCACGUUCUACCCCGCGACGCGUAUCAACUCGGGGUGCUCGUGGUGUUGACUCUGUCGUAGAGCCGUUAAUCAAGCUCGAACAAUCGAUUCUCAAAGAUGAGCCAGCUGAACAGAAAAUACCCACACAGCCUAAGGCACGGCGCAUGCCAGCACGGAAGACUCGUGAUGCCGAGGGAUCUAUCAUCGUGGAACCUCCAUCUAAUUGGGAGAUCAUGUACAACACUGUAAAGAGGAUGCGCGAAGAUAACCCGACAGCGCCUGUUGAUACCAUGGGCUGUGCAGAGCUCCACUGGCGCGCUUCCUCACCUAAGGAUCAGCGUUUCCAAACAUUGAUUGCACUCAUGCUUUCAUCUCAAACAAAAGAUACAGUGACCGCUGUCGCGAUGCAACGCCUGCACACCGAGCUUGGACAAGCGGAGAAUCCUACAGAACAUAUUAAAGUCGAGACUCAGGACAAGAGAAUCAAGAUGGAGGAUGAAGAGAAAAGACUGGACGAGUUGGAAAAACCAGACAGUACUCUCAACCUGAAAAACAUCCUGGCCGUCUCACCUGAAAGGCUCAACGAAAUCAUCCACACAAUCGGCUUCCACAACAACAAAACAAAGUACAUCAAAGCCGCAGCUUUGAUCCUUCGUGACCAAUACGAUGGCGACAUCCCAUCAACCCCCGAAGGGCUUAUGGCUCUUCCUGGCGUGGGUCCCAAGAUGGCAUACUUAUGCAUGAGCGCCGCGUGGGGUAAACACUUGGGUAUCGGCGUAGACGUACACGUCCACCGGAUUACGAAUUUAUGGGGAUGGCAUCAGACCAAGAACCCCGAAGAGACGCGCAUAGCUCUGCAAUCGUGGUUACCGCAUGAGAAAUGGCAUGAGAUCAACAAGUUGCUCGUUGGCCUGGGGCAGACAGUGUGUUUGCCUGUGAAGCGGAGAUGUGGGGAGUGCUACUUGGCUGGCACCAAGCUUUGCAAGAGUGAAGUGAAAGGAUCGGGGGCUCCUCUCAAGCGAGAUCCUAAGCGUGAGGAGCCAAAGGUCAAAAUCGAGGUUAUUGGUGAGGCAGAAUAUGCUCCUGAAGAAACGGAGGUUAAGGAGGCUAAGACAGUUGUCAAAACAGAUCCUGCGCUUGAGGAGUAA